CAAACAGGUGGCAGCGACAUGAAACAGCUGUUGACUUUGUAGUUAGUAAAACAUAAAAGUUUCGAAUUGUAUUAUUGCACGGCAAAUUUAUUGUAGAACCAUCUGUUAAGUUCCUUAGUGCACCAGACUUUGGAUACAUAAUAAUGCAUUCUCAAUAUAUCGCAGUGCAUGGCGGCAGCAGAGACAUGCACAAUCGUUGCUGUGGCGGACGUGCUUGGUGUGUGAAGGACAUUUGCGGCAUUGUCUGUGCCGUGUUCACCUGGCUGCUGAUAUUGUUUGCGGAAUUUGUCGUAAUGCGCGUCAUAUUGCUGCCGAGUCCCUAUCCGGUCUUCAGCGGUAUAAACAUAAUAAUAUUCCAAGCACUUGCCUUUCUCGCUUUUGCAUCGCACAUACGCACUAUGUUGUCAGAUCCUGGAGCGGUUCCACGUGGCAAUGCAACAAAAGAAAUGAUCGAGCAAAUGGGCUAUCGUGAAGGUGAGAUGUUUUUCAAAUGUCCGAAAUGCUGCAGCAUCAAACCGGAACGCGCACAUCAUUGCUCAGUAUGUCAACGUUGCAUACGUAAAAUGGAUCAUCAUUGUCCAUGGGUAAAUAAUUGUGUAGGAGAAAAUAAUCAAAAGUACUUCGUACUUUUUACGUUUUAUAUUGCCGCCAUAUCGAUACAUGCCAUGUUUUUGGUUGUCACCGAAUUUGCCCAAUGCGUUAACACUGAAUGGCGUCAAUGUUCACCUUAUUCACCACCGGCAACUAUAUUCUUAUUGCUGUUUCUAUCAUUUGAAGCAUUGCUAUUUGCUAUUUUUACACUUAUAAUGCUGGCUACGCAAUUAACUGCCAUCUUUAAUGACCAAACGGGUAUUGAGCAAUUGAAAAAGGAAGAAGCUCGUUGGGCAAAAAAAUCUCGUUUAAAAAGCAUUCACUCAGUAUUUGGACGUUUUUCGCUGGCCUGGUUCUCACCAUUCACUAAACCGUCAUGGCAAACAAAAUUUAAUUCACAUUUUUACUCCGUUUAGAAUGCUCCAGUUUUUGUGAAACAAAAGCACGUCAACAUUUCUUUAAGUAACCAAAUCGAAAGAAAGGAAAAAAAAGUACCAUUAAUAGCAAGUUCGAAGAGCGGCGACGAUUUAGCCGGGCCCGUCCGUUUGCAUGUUAAUAAUCUAUAAGCAAUAGUUAUUCAACUUUUAAAUGGCUCAAAAUAUGUGAAAAGUGCGUGCAACUAUAUUAUGCGGCAAGAAUGAUUUAGCAAUACAUAUACGUAUGUAUGCACAUAUACGAGUAUACGCAUAUGUACUUUUUAGUUCAGUGGCCAAAGAGCAAAUCUUGAUUUUGUUUAAGCGUAAAAUAUUAUAUGUGAAAUCAGAACCCGGUUUUCCACUUUGCUUUACAAACACGUAAUAUCAUUACUUUAGCUUUACGAAUUUUAUGUUAAGAAUAAAUGCAAAUCUAUUUGUUUAUAUGUAAGUUUACAUGCAGUAAAGAGUAAAGUCUGCUGAAAAAAUGAAUUAAUACGAUAUACUAAAUUUAUGCCUA